UGCGGAUGCAGAAGACGCUGCGGUCGCUCGAGCCGGCGCUGAGCACGCCGUCCGAGUGGCCGCGAAUCCUCGGCGUCGUGACUGACGAGCCGUUCGAGACGGUUGCGCUCAAGCGGGCCUUCAACGCGUACAGCGACAACAUCUACUACGCUUCGGGCAGCCCAGAGGCGAACGCGUACCUGCUCGGCGGCUCGACGCCGUCGUCCAAGCAGACGACGCAGUACCUGCUGCGCAACGAGGUGCUCGCGCAGCUCGCCGAGCUGCGAGACGAGCUGAAAUACCAGCAGGGGCUGCCCCGCGAACGGCAAGAGGCAGAGGUGGCGGCCGAGGCGCUGCAAAAGUGCCUGAAGGCGUUUGACGAGUAUAUACGCCUCGCACCGACCGAGGAGCGCAGCCUCGCCCUCGAUGCGGUGUACGGCGAUGGCACGGCCAAGGCCAUGCUGGCGGGGACGAAGGAGUGACCCUUUGAGCCGUGUUGUCUGUUGCGUGUGGGCCGGACACUGAGCGUAUUGAGGUCCAAAAUUCAUCAGGUCCCCGCCC